GGGGCUGGCUGAGGCCUGGCAGCCUUGCCCCGCUCCUUCUUACGCAUGCGCGACUCCGAGCUGGCCCAAGAAGUUCGUAGCCUUUGUCAGGCCCGGGAUGGGAGGUUCCAGCCUCGUAGGACCAAGCCAGGCUCGAGAGUGAGGAAAAAUCCCGACCCGAGCUGAUCGAAGCCUUCCAGCAGAGCCCCCGGAGGGAGGGCAGGAAGGAGGACGACGAGGCCGCGGGGGCUUCUCGCUGUUCUGCCCGGAGAAGUCUGAACUGGGUGGGAGAUCAGAAUAUUCGGAACCCGGAGCAGGUAGUGAUCAUGGAGACCGACUUGGCCGACAAGCCUGAGAAGAGAGCUCUGUCUUCCCAGGACUCUCCCUUUUCCCCAGAGCAGAGCACAGAAGAGGGAGAAGUGGCAGCUCUGCGCCUCACAGCUAGAUCCCAGGCAUCAGUGACGUUCAAGGACGUGGCCAUGGACUUCACCCCAGAGGAUGUGGGGAAGCUGGAUCCCACACAAAGGGAGGUGAUGCUGGAGAACUAUAAGAACCGUGGUCUCGCUUUAGCUAAAGGACUCACUUGGCUUCCAGUUUCUAAACCUGAGAACUACAAUUUGGAGAGUGGAAAAGAACCAAUGGUGCUUGAGAGAAAAGCCCCCAAAAGCAGCUACUCCGACCUGGAGAUUAAACCUGAGGGCAAAGACUCAACUUCAGUGCAAGAUCUUUCCAAUGAAUCAUGCCAGACUGCAAUAAUAGAUAGACUGACAAGGGAUAGUGUCUAUGACUCCAGCUUAGAAACAGGUCUUGAAUGUGAAAACUGGCUAGAGAAUCAGCAAGGAAAUCAGGAGAGACACUUGAGAGAAAUGCUCAGCCAUGUGAAUUCACUCCCCGAAGAACGAGCUCGCGAGCAUGAUGUUUAUUGGAAAAACCUGAGUCCGAAGUCUGUUCUCACUCAAGACAGAGCUCCCAGAGGAUCCUAUGCCUUCCAUACCCUUGAAAAAAGGUUGAAACAGAAAUCAAACUUAAUGAAAAAGCAAAGAGCCUGUAAAGAAAAGAAACCUCAUAAAUGCAACGAUUGCGGUGAACUCUUCACUUACCAUUCAGUGCUUAUCCGACACCAGAGGGUCCAUACUGGAGAGAAGCCCUAUAGCUGCAGUGAAUGUGGGAAAUCUUUUAGCCACAGAGCUAAUUUGACUAAACAUCAGAGAACUCAUACUAGAAUUCUCUUUGAAUGCAGUGAAUGCAAGAAGGCCUUCACAGAAAGUGCAUCCCUUGCAAUACAUCAGCGAAUUCACAUUGGAGAGAGACCAUAUGAAUGCAGUGAAUGUGGAAAAGGGUUUAAUCGAAGUACACAUCUUGUGCAGCAUCAGUUGAUUCAUACUGGGGUGAAGCCUUAUGAGUGUAAUGAAUGCGAUAAAGCUUUCAUUCAUUCAUCAGCUCUCAUUAAACAUCAGCGGACUCAUACCGGAGAGAAACCCUAUAAAUGUCAGGAAUGCGGGAAAGCCUUCAGCCACUGCUCAUCCCUUACUAAACAUCAGAGAGUUCAUACUGGAGAAAAGCCAUAUGAAUGUAGCGAAUGUGGGAAAACCUUCAGUCAGAGUACACAUCUUGUUCAGCAUCAGAGAAUUCAUACUGGAGAGAAACCCUAUGAGUGUAAUGAAUGUGGGAAAACCUUCAGCCGGAGCUCAAAUUUUGCUAAACAUCAGAGAAUUCAUAUUGGAAAGAAACCAUACAAAUGUAAUGAAUGUGGAAAAGCCUUCAUCCAUUCAUCAGCUCUAAUUCAACACCAGAGAACUCAUACUGGAGAGAAGCCCUACAGAUGCGAUGAAUGUGGGAAAAGCUUUAAGUGCAGCUCAUCCCUCAUCAGACAUCAAAGAAUUCAUACUGAAGAGCAACUCUGAAAAAUUGCUAAAUGUGAAGAAAUGUAAGUUGGCUUUAUCACUGUGUUAAAUACCUGAGUAGUUUAGGUGGGACACCCAUAAAGUCCUGCUCGAGGACCAAUUUUGUAUGCAUCUACUUUUACUUGCAUAACGGAUAGUUUUGAGCCCUAGACAGAAUGUUCUUUAUAUUCAUUGAUUUGAUCAUUAUGAAAGCUUCUGGCCAGGGAUCUCCUAUUUUGAUCCCCCACCACCACUACCAAAUAACCCUUUCAUGGAAAUUCAAGAAAUCCUUGGAAGUGGAUAACUGUAUAAUCAUUGUGAAGUCUGGUUUUUCCCUCUCUUUGUCACAUGAGAGCCUUGUUAUAGCUUCUCACUCUGUAAGGAAAUUCUUAUUUAUAAACAUAGGUGGAGGACUCCUAUCUUUAUCAUCAGGAAGACACAGUUGUUCCCCUUUGGAUCCAAAGUAGAUCUCCAGAUGUACAGCUAGUGUCAUUUCUUCAGGGAGGGUUAUUUCUUUUAUAUUAGCUAUAAAAUGUGAGGUUAAGAGUUGAAAUAUGCUUCGGAUUCCCUCCCUCCCCAAAGGCUACUAUCUAAUUUGAUGAACAUAAAGUAGAAUGUAUUGCAGGUUCUAAGUUAUGUUCCCCUGGAUUAUGCUGCUCAUAAAUUUAGAUAAUUGUUAUCCCUCUGUUGUGUAGAUUUUCAUUUUCUCCUUCCUUGGAAUUUCCCUGAAGUUAAGAGUGGGUCAAAAUCUUAACUGCAGUUUUUGAUCAAAUGCCUCUUUUCGUAUCCUUGGAAUUGAAUGAGUCCUUGGUUUUUCAUAGGGAAGGUUAAACUGGUUAAGCAAAGUAUUAGGGAUAUUUCAUUUCCAAUUCAUUUACAGUUUUUCUGCUUUCUGCAAACCAUGCUUUGUCACUUUGAGAAAAAGCCCCUAGGAUGUUGAGGGUCUGAAAAGUUGAUGAGUUCAAUGUGUUAUUAUAUUUAGGGUCCCAGUCAAGGAGGAGAACUGAAGCAACUCUGAGACACAAGGACACACCUUCCUGUCAGAUAUGGAAAAUAGUUCACAGGACAGUGACUCAAUGGAGGAUAACAGCUUCCCUCCAUGAAGAAGAGGUUGCCAUUUCUCUGGAUUUCAUGUCUACCCACAUUUUGUUGUUGUUAUUGUUCUCCCUAUAUGUUUUUUGGGCUAUGUCCAAGAGCCCUAAAGAAGGUAGAAGAGGCAUGAAACCACGUAUAAGCUACACAGGUGAUCAAAAACAAGUGGUGGGAUUGGAAAUGCAGAAGCAAAAGUUCAAAUAAAUAUUUAGCAGAACACUAUA